AUGGCGCCCGGCUUCGAUCAGCUUUCCGACCAUGAUUACCAGGAUGAAGAAGACAACAUCGACUUCUCCGAUCUCAAAGAACGUUAUGAUGUGCGCAUGGAAGAAGGUCUCGAUACCUUUGUGGUUAUCGAUGGUCUCCCAAUCGUCACCGAAGAACAAAAACCCCGACUCAUCAAAUUCCUACUCAAGAGAUUAAACACGGUUGGAAGGAUAAAAGAUGGUGAAGAGUCCAUCUAUAUGCCAAUGAGUGAUGCCGGUUCAUCUGAAGGAUUUGCGUUUGUCGAAUAUCAGACCCCCGAACAAGCAGUCGCAGCUACAAAACAACUCCACGGAACGGCCCUCGAUAAAAAACACACUCUUGCCGUCAACAAGCUGACAGACAUUGAGAAGUAUGGACGAGAGGGAAGAAUAGAUGAGCAAUAUGUUGCUCCCGAGAUCGAACCUUUCGCAGACAAAGAACAUCUCCGAUCAUGGUUAUUCGACCCAUCUGCUCGUGAUCAAUUUGCCAUGUUCCGAGGAGACAACGUAGGAGUAUUCUGGAACAACAAAAGAGACAACCCCGAGCCCAUUGUUGAUCGCAAACACUGGACUCAACUGUUCGUCAACUGGUCACCGCUUGGAACAUAUCUGGCUUCAGUUCAUCAACAAGGAGUGCAAUUAUGGGGCGGAGCGUCUUUUAAGAGAAUUAAGCAAUUCCCCCACCCAUUUGUCAGCCUCAUGGAAUUUUCACCGGGCGAAAAAUUCCUGACGACAUGGUCCAAUCAACCGAUUGUCGUAGAAGAAGGAAAAGGCCCGCUCACCAUCGACGAGGAAGGAAAACAUAUUGUCAUCUGGGAUAUUGAAACUGGCAAGCCUCUCCGGUCAUUUGUCGCCCAUGAUCUAGCUCAAACUGUUGGCCCAGAUGGUGUUGCACCUCUCAAGCCCAAAGUCCAAUGGCCAGCUUUCAAAUGGUCCGCUGAUGAGAAGUUCGUCGCAAGAAUGAAACCCGGUGAGAGCAUCUCGGUUUAUGAAACACCCCGCAUGAACCUGCUGGACAAAACUUCGGUCAAGGUCGACGGUUUGGUGGACUUUGAAUGGGCUCCAGCUACCACCCAACGUGAGGGUGUCAAGACUUAUGAACAACUCCUCUGCUUCUGGACUCCCGAGAUGGGUUCAAAUCCUGCUAAAGUGACUCUGAUGGCAUUCCCCACCAAAGAGAUUGUGAGAACACGAAAUCUUUUCAACGUCACAGAUGCAAAACUACACUGGCAAUCCGAUGCCAAAUUCAUCUGUGUCAAAGUCGACAGACAUUCCAAAUCCAAGAAAUCAUUGGCUACAAAUCUCGAGAUCUUCCGAAUCAAGGAGAAAGGUGUUCCCGUCGAGGUCGUGGACAGUCUCAAGGAUACAGUUAUUAACUUUGCCUGGGAACCUAAAGGCGAUCGAUUCGUACUCAUCACAGCAGGCGAAGCAGUGGCAGGCAGCAAUGUACUCCCCAAGACCGCAGUUUCAUUCUUUGCACCCGAAAAGAUAAAGGGCGCAGGGACUGGUGCAUUCAAACAUGUUCGAACGUUCGACAAGAAGAACAGCAAUGGUAUCUACUGGUCACCACGAGGUCGGUUUGUUGUGGUCGCCACUGUUAGCGUACAACAGCAUUCGGAUGUCGACUUCUACGAUCUGGACUACGAAGGUGACAAGCCUGAGAGUGAUGCUGCUUUGGCUGCAAACCUCAUGCUCAUGAACACUGAAGACCAUUAUGGUAUCACCGAUGUAGAAUGGGAUCCCACAGGACGAUACGUCACUACUAGUGCUAGUGUCUGGACACAUCAGAUGGAAAACGGUUUUCGACUGUGGACAUUCUACGGCCAAAUGCUGUCAGAAAACCCCACCGAGAAGUUCAAGCAAUUCCUGUGGCGCCCACGUCCACCAACCGUACUCUCGAAAGACGAACAGCGCAACAUCCGCCGCACACUCCGUGAAUACAGCAAAGAGUUCGACGAGCUCGACAAGGAAAUGGAGGAGGGCGCCAACGCCGCAGUCAUCGAGGCGCGUCGCCGCCUCUACCAGGAAUGGUACAGCUGGGUGCGCGAGGAGAAAGAACGACUCAGAGAGGACCGAGAGGAGCUGGGUCUCCCGGAUCCAGAGGAGGAGCUCAAGUUACAGCGGACCCGUAGUGCGGACGUUGAUAGCGAGAAGGUCGUUGAGGAAGUCAUUGAGGAGGUCAUUGAGGAGACAGAGGAAAUCAUUUCGUAG